AUGUCUCUACAGCAUCAGCAGCAACAGAAAGAACAAGUACUGCAGUCAAAUGCAAAUAAUGGACAAAUUGUGGAUGUUAGUACAGGUAGUGAUGAUGAUAAUAAUGGAUUGGAAGAUGAAGGAAAAGGAGUGAAUUUGCAUCAUGUUCAUAACAUGUAUGGACAAGUUAAUAAUGAUGAAAAUAAUGGAGUAGUAACAACAACAAUUGAAAGGACAAUAGUAAUGGAUAAUGAUGAGGAUUCGGGUAGUAGAAUAGCACUGGAAUUGAAUGCCAUUCCACAGGAAGCUACACUGAAUGGAAAUGUAAAGACAACAACUUUGAAUGAUGUAAUUGUUAAAUCUACUUCACAGAUCAAGUUGGAAUUUCAUGAUGAUCCCCUAGUUGAGGAACAUGAGAGAUGUUUCAUGGAGUGGAGAAAUGUGUGCUAUCCAGUGGGAGGUAAUAAUUUAAUUGUGAGAAAUGUGAGUGGAUUUGUUGCUCCUGGAAAGAUUACAGCCAUUAUCGGUUCAGCGUUGAGUGGAAAAACAACUCUAUUGUCCAUUCUAUCACAAAGAGGAAAUUACAAGGAUUUUGGAGGAUUAAUUCUAAUUAAUGGAAAAGUUGUAAGGACAUGUAAGGAAGGACCAUGUGCUAAAAUCUCAUCAACUCAAUACAAAUCACUGAUAGCUCAUGUCCCAAAGCAUUUUACAGCCUCUCAUCCAUUUCUUACUGUGAGGGAGAUUUUGAAUUUCACAGUCAAACUGAAAUUGACCAGUGUUAAAAGUGCACUCACCAAAUGCAGAGAAGAACGAUUAGAAUACCUAUUGACCAAGUAUGAGCUGAAAGAAAAGGAGGAUGAAUUGUAUUCAAAACUAGGAGUAGCAGAGAAGAGAAGAUUGCACAUUGCUGUACAGAAUGUUCUCAAACAUAGAGUUUUGCUACUGGAAUAUCCAACUGAUGGUUUGGAAUUUGGAGAGGCAUCCAGAAUUAUUAGAAUUAUGAAAUCAAUUGCCAAGAUGGGAGUUGGUGUUGUUCUUACUUCACACAAACCAAGUUUAUUAGAAUUGGAAUUAUUCGACUACAUUUCAAUACUCAAUAGAGGUAAUCAAUUAUAUUUUGGUCCUCCUGGUGAAUUAAUUCAAUACUUUUCGAGAAUUGGUGUCAAACUUCACAACACCAACCAUAAUGAAGUGGGAUUCUUGUUCCAAGUCAUUUCUCUGCUUCAGGCAGAAUCAUUCCAUCCAAUGUACACCGACACUUAUGAUACAAAGGAAAAUACAGAGAGAUUUUCCAUAGAGUACGUAAGGCAAACAGAAGAGUUUUACAUUCCAAUGAAAAACAAGGAAGAAGCACCAUAUUUGACCAAUGACCUGACUCGUUUUCAUUUUGAACCUUAUUAUGCCAACUUUUUCUAUUCAGUAUUCUUUCUGAUGGCUAGAAAUUACUUGAGCCGAAUUAGGAAUUGGAAGGUUGAAUUUCUAAUUCCACUAUUGGAAAAAUUGGCUGUUUCAAUAUUUAUUGGACUGCUUUAUUUCCAAAUUGAUGAGGGAAAUAUGUCGCUGAGAGGAAAGAUUUUCACCUUUCUCAAUCUUAAUAUCUCCCUUACUUUUACUGCGAGCUUGAAGAAUCUUAUCAAUCAAAUACCAAUGUUAACUCAGGAGAGAAACAGCUCUAUCUACAGAACCAGUGUAUUUUUCAUUUCAAAAACCAUUGAGGAUUUGAUAGAAACUUCGAUUUUAUCUCUAUUAUUUGGUUGGAUUGUUUACUUUAUGACUAACUUGAGAUUGGAAUAUGACAGAGUAUUAACGUUUGGACUGAUUUUUGCAACCUACCAUUGGACUUGUGUCAGUUUUGCGCAAAUGCUGGUUUCUCUGAUUCCUGUCCCACCAUUGCUAAAUUUAAUUACACCAGUAAUUAAUAUCAUGUUCAUAUUAACGAGUGGGGUGUACGGUUUUCCGAACACUGAUUGGUUGUCGUGGUUUAAAUAUUUGAACUAUCUCUUUUAUGGUUUCAAAGCAAUGUCUCUCAAUGAAUUUGAUAUUCAAUUGGAAAUUCCAACAAAUACUACCUGGCCUGCUAAUUAUUAUACCAAUGGAACCUAUUUCCUCUACAAAAAUUAUGGAUAUUCAGAUCCUCAUUACAUGAUGUGGGUCUAUUUUGGAAUUCUCACUUCUUUUUGGAUUGUUUGUAAGAUUCUGAGCUAUGUUGGAUUAAGAUUAGUGUAUGGAAAGAAGAGUUAUAUUCGACUUGCCAAGAAACUACUACGUUCAUGGAAGAAUACUUGA